AACAUUGUCAGUAAAAGUGUGUGUGAUGGAGAGAAAUGAUGAUGUGAACGCCGUUGAGAAAGCUGAGCUGGAAGUGUUUCUGGUGCCUCUUUCUUCGUUGCUGGUUCGCAACCAUGAAGAUCUCCCCGCGGACUUUGCCAGGCUCGCUUUGCCCGCAGAAUCGCGGAGCUGCUGACUGGUCCUGGCAACAGAUGGUGGCGUACGGUUGUCGCAGUCUUGUUGUUGUUCUUGACCCUCGCACACUCCAAGUCGUGCAGACUGUCGACCACCAGACCGGUUUUGUUCACAAGGUGAAAUGGGCGCCCCAAUCAUCUGCGCACACGCUCGGCGAUCCGUACUCGCUACGCCUGGCGUCGGCCGAUAGCACGGGCCGCAUCAUCGUCUGGGAUGUGAACCAGGCCGCGCAGCGCGCCGAGUUUUCCGACUCCAGCAAAUCGGUGGUGGACAUGGCCUGGAUUGGUGUGCAGAGUGGCUGUCGUGACCUUCUGGCCGUGAUCCAUGGGCCGUCGACAUUAGCCGUGUGGAAUGCGGACAGCGGUGUAUGCUGCUGGAAGAAAUCAUUCGGUGACACUUUGCUUGGCCUAAACUUUGACCCGUUUGAUCCCAGUCGACUCGCUGUCAGAUCCAACGAUUGUCUGCUGAUGGUGACCGGGUUCAACCCAAUGAAAGCACCAACGUCGAGUCCCCAGCGUUUCUUCACGACAACAUCCACUCCUGUCCGCACUUCCACACCGGGUGGCAUGGGAAUAGGCAGCCACGCAAGCCCACGGGCCGACCGGCGGAGCAAAGCGCUCAGCAAGGUCCGGCAGUUAGUCGGCAGCAGCCACUCCAGUCGACCCAGCGAAGGUGCAAGUGAAGUUCCAAUGUCCGACUGUCUUCAAAUUGCUUUCCUCAAGGCUUGCAGACACCACAUUUGCCUUGUUUAUCCCAAGGAGAUUCUUAUCAUCGACCUCAGCGUUCAGCAGACGGUUGGGUUUGUGGUGUGCGAGCGCAACAGCACGGCGUUUGUUUCGGUGAUGACCUGUCGCCAGAGAGACGUGCUCUUCUGCCUGCACGAGAGUGGUUCAGUCUCGCUGCGCGUGCGCCAGCCGUAUCUCAGCGUCACAAGGGUGUAUUCGCCGGAUAUGUCAUCGCCGGGAUCUCCCACGUCGACGUCGGAGUCGCCCGAGGAGGUUAGCUACGCGCUGCACUGCCAGUCGGACACGCUGCGCCUCAGCAAGUCGGUCAACAUCUCGUCGGCGCAGGUGUGCCCCAUGGACGAGCGCAGCGUCUCGCUCGUUCUCACCGACGGUCGCGUGCUCAUGUGGGACCUGCUGUCGACGGCGCUGGACAGCGGUCCCGCCCGUAUGCCACCGGCCUGUGUGCAGACUCCCGUCGAGGUUACUACAGCGUCGUCCACAGCUCUGGAAGGUGAUCGCCAUCAGAGAGUGGAGGCACCGUGCACCUGCUUGUCUGAUCUCAUUCCACCACAAUGGGCUAUCGAGAUGGACUCCCCGAGUCAUCAUGUGGCAACCCCAGUGAGCUCUGGCAGCAUUCCUCUGGCCGGUGGUGGUGCGAAUGCCACGCCGUCCAAGCUCCAGUUUGUCCUCACCGGACUCACGCAGUCAGUGAUGCUGAACGCUACCUGUAUGCGCAUGUGCCCACCGCUCACGUCCAAAAACUUCUCCAACUACGAACCGCUGUGUGCAGUCGGCUCUGCUUCCGGCAUUGUUCAAGUGUUCAACCUAUCUACCGGGCAACUGGUGCGCCAAUACGCCGUGCACACGUUUCCUGUCAAGGGUGUGGAGUGGGUGUCGCAGACUACAUUCUUCUCCUGGGCAUUCAGCUCUCCCAACAUGUCCGGACUAGUGCGCAAUGAAUUGUUCACCGUUGAUACCGUCACUGGUCGAAGUCGAGUGAUUCGUGCAACAUCGGCGGGAGAAGGAGAGUCUCCAAUUGAAGGUGUUCGCAUAUCCUCGAUGAAACAGUACUUCACUGUGUACCUCAAGGACAAACCCAUGGAGAUCUGGGAUGCGCAGACUUUGACGCUGCUACGCCAGAUGAAGGAGCGAUUUCCGAUUGCAACGUCCGUGGAGUGGACUCCUGCCAAAGGUCGCCGACCCCCGACAGACAAGGCAUUGCUGACUGAGGGUGCCUCGUCAGAAAGCAAAAGUACUCAGGCGUAUGUGAGGGAGCAUCUUGUCAUGACCGACGUGGACUCUUGCCUACGUCAUUACGUCAUCGAGGGCAGCAACAUCAAGGAAGGCUCCAAGAUCCCAGCCGAGGGCAGCAUCAACACGGUGUCGUCGAUCACGUGGAAAGGGGAGAAGCUUGUUCUGGGUGAUAUCGACGGCAACUUGCACAUCUGGGACCUGAAAGGCAAAGUCUCAAAGUCGGUCCCUACGCAUCGCUCUGCCGUCAAGAAAGUACGUUUUGGUCCGGGCAAAGGCAACCAGCUCAUUUUCGUGCAGUACGCUGACGGUGUGGACAUCUGGGAUACCGUGUCGAUCGAGAUGCUUUUCAGCAUGCGUACGGCUCGCGACACUCCCGUUCUGGAUCUCGACUGGGUGACAUCUGACAAGCCCGCAAUCAUCACGAGUGCUGGAACGCUCAGCCUGAUGGACCCGAAUCUGAAACGCAACACCUCGCCCAUCAAUGUUCUUGAUUACGAUACACCAUUCUUCUGCCCUCAUACAAUGAGUGCCAAGGCUGCAUUGUCACUACGCACUUGCUUGCAGCAUCAGCCAUGGAAUCAAAACUAUACUUUGGAUUCGUUAGAAGAGACAGAUGAAAACACCGGAUUGCUGGACAAACUGGUGGAGGCAAGCACUGUCAAUUUGCCAAGUGAUAUGAAAAAGUUCUUCCCCAAAGCACCACUCGGGACCGCGCAACGAUGUUUACUAGUUGCCAGACUAUUUGGUGAUGAGUGGGAGGUAUCGUUCUGGGAGGUAGCUCUCUUCUAUUUGAUGAAAGCACGCCUGCGCCAGAAACUAGCCGUGCAGAGAGAUGGAGAUGGCAGCAGCAGUCAUGUGCCUGGAGAGUCAGGCUAUGAGCGGGAUCUCAUCUCGCCAGAAAAAACGGCCACCACGCGUAUACCCAGCUCUCGGCCAGGCCAGCAGAUUGAGUACGGCUUUCGCCUGCAACAGUCCGCCGUGCCUGGUGAUCUCAACCUGGAGCUGGUGGCAUCCUCCCGCCCGGUGCCCGCGGAGAAAAUGGCCGUUCCCGUGCCGGAAGAUAUCUGCUCGUAUGCGAGCCUUUCCAGUGGUGGAGGCGAGCAGGACUAUAGCAUUUUAGCACUGGACAAUCUUCCUGAUUGUAUACCGUCGCGUCUGUUGCUGGAUAUGAACUUUGAUGUCCUGUGCGAAACGUCGCUAUAUCAGAGCUAUGAGCUAAAGCGGCUUGCUGUGCACGAUGCCAAGCGCUCGACGUACGAACAGACUAAACUUUGCGCCAUCAAUCACAUUCUCCUUGGUCAGACGGAUCAUGCUGUGCAAAUGCUGCUGGAAACAGAGGCGGACAAUGAGAACUAUCUUGCAGACUGUCUUCGAGCAUGCCUUACAGCAAGUAUUCGAUCAUCUGGCGCCUCUCAAAGCACCAUCAAGCUUGUUGCCACUAACUUCAUAGCCAACGAGAGAUUGGAUGAGGGUGUGCGUCUGCUGUGUCUGAUCCACAAGGGGCUGGACGCUUGCCGCUACCUACAGACCUACGGCCACUGGGACCAAUCUGUUUGGCUUGCAAAGGUCAGUCUCUCUGAGGAUGACCACUUGGAGGUGAUCGGUCGCUAUGCCGACCAUCAAGCCUCGCCCACUGUCAACAACAAGUGUCAAGCGGUGCUGCUUCAUCUCGCCCUGGAGAGCUUUAGUCGUGUGAUUGAGCUUCUCAUCAGCAUGCAACACUCGGACAUCGCAGCGUGUUUCAUCGAGGCAUGUGUCGAGUAUGGGGUGCUACCAGCUGGCCCAGAAAUGGCUACGACGGUGGAGACAGCGUUUGCCGAGUACGCCAAGUAUCUGCAUUCGCUGAACAUGACCAAGGCUGCGAACCAUUACUGCUCCAUUGCCGGACACAGAGGACGCCAGCUAGCUGCCUGGAUCAACCUGCAGGAGUAGUAGUAAUAUAACAACUUCAAGAAACCAAAGCGUGUACCCACAGUGCGAGAGUUUGUCACGCUGAUCUGGUGUGCUUCACGUCCUGCGGCACACAGACAUACACACACUCCGUACGCAGUGGCAUGGUGUACGGGGUGCAAGCACGUUCCUGCGUGUGUUCCCGCGUGUGUUCAUGCACCUAUAUCACCCGUCUGUAAUGCACUGCACUGUUGCGAGGGAGCAGCGCGUGGACUGUACCAUGGCAAGUUGAAUGGCCGCACUGAUUGGCGUUGCCCUGGUGACGAUCACGUGACGUUGUCUCCGACCCGGCAUGUCAGUGCAUGCCCUACCAGUCUUCCAUGACAUGUGUGGUUGUGCAAGGGUCCAUCCGCGCAUGGUCCGUUGCAUGUAUCUUAUGCCACUGCCGCAGAUGCAUGUACGUGUAGGUGUGUGGGUCCGGUUGAUCGGCAAUCUGGGAACUGUGUUUGAGCCUAUACGCUAUGCCGUGUAUGAGUGUGUUUUUAUGUAGAUAUAUUUACAAAACCCACAUAUGUGUAUCUCUCGCUGUUCCUGCGUACAGGUUUGCAACACAACAUUUAUUCUAUGUUCAUUUUCUAGCCACUGCCCCCCCCCCCCCCCCUCCACACACACACACACGCACACACAUAAAUAUGUGCACGCACGCACAGACACACAAACGCGUGCAUACACAGAUACACACACACACACACACACACACACAUACAUACAUACACACACACACACACACACACACACACACACACACCAUCCCUUACCAACAACAUACCUUUGCUGCAUGUGGUAGCCGGUAUGUGCCCCGAGAUGCAUUGUGUGUUUCCUGUCCGUUUAUCUGUCACUCAUCUGUCAAUAAUUUUAUUCCGUUCUUCAUUUCCGUCGCCUGCUGCAAUGCGCCCGCCCGCACAUGGCUAGACACGGCCAGUGGAAGCUGCUUACAGGCAAGCAUUUCUGAUAAAAUAUUCCUACUUAUGAAGUCCCCAAUCUCCCAAUGUAGUGCCAAUGGCCGGUCUGCUCUUUAUGAGAAUUUCUCUACUGCUGAGACCAUCUUUCCCUUAUAUCUGUGUGUUUUUCUUCUGGCAACGUUGCCUUGGGCCUUUUUCCAUUUUACUUCCACACGUCUAUGUACAGUCACUUACCCCCCUCCCCUUCUCAUCCGUUUGAGGUGUCUUGCGGACUGCGUGUGGCCACCCAGCUCAUUUUUUCUUAUUUUUAUCGCUGAUACUCAAUUAUGAUGCACCCCUCCCCUCCUCCCCCCCCCCCCUUCGUCCCUGCCCCAUCAUUCACCCAUUUGGACCUGUCCUCCUAACCCCAUCAUUCUCGCCUUUUUUUCUUGGGCUUGUGGUGUGCCGAGUCUGCCCGACGUCUACGGCGGACAUGCCCCUGCUCGCGUACAGUGAAACGAACUGACCAAAUCAUUCAUUGCUAUCAAUCACAAACUGGCACUGCAUAAUUGUUUGCCUUGGCCAGUCGACCACUCCCAGCGAUAUCUACGUGACCAUUUUUAUUUUUUUCCUUGAUCGGGUUCUCUUUCGACCACUCUGAACAUGACUGUACAUGUACAUUGUACAUUUUGUG